AUAACCCAAUAUCUGAAAAAAGAAACUGAACAAAGAAUAACUGAAUUGCCAAAGGAAAAAAAUAUUCCACAUGGAUUUACUAGUAGAUUCUAUCAAGCAUUUAAGGAACAAAUAAUUCCAAUUUUACAUAAUAUAUUUGCAUUAGUGGGAAAAGAAAUAACACUUCUAAUAUCUUUCCGUAAUACAAAUAUUUCCCUGAUACCUAAAGUGGAGAGAGAUGAGGCAUGGAAAGAAAACUAGAUCUGUAUAACUAAUAAACAUUGAUGUUAUUAAGCAAAUAGAAUAUAAUAGAUUAGAAAGAAUAUAUAUAUAUAUAUUAUUUGGUUGACUUAUACACGGAUUUACUAUUAGGAAGACUAGAACUGUAAUAUCAUAUUAAUAAUACAAAUAAUUUAAAACCACAUGAUUUUGUUAAUAGAUACUGGAAAGACUUCUAAAAAAAUCUAACGCUCCCUCUCCACUAUAUUCUUCAUAUCUUCCUACAUGGUACAAAAUCUUAAAAAAAAAAAAAAAAAAAAAAAGACUUGUUUUUUUCACUCCAUCUAGUAACUGAUCCCUGUUUCCUUGCCUUUCCUGCUAAAUUUCUUGAAAUUUCUUUCUAUAUAUUGAUUCAGAGAGUUAGAUGUCAUAUGUGUCAUAUUACACUUAAAGUCUACAUACUCUUCUGCCUUCUAACUUCCCUGCUAAAAAAGACACUCACCUCAAAUCCCACCUUCUACAAAAGGAAGUCUUUCCCAGUCCCCCUUGCAGCAAUAGGCUCUCUGAGCCCCUCCAGGGCAAAGAGUGUUUUUGCUUUUCUUGUUAUUCUCAGUUUAGCAUACUGCUUUUGCACAUAGUAUGCAUUUUUAAAAUGUUUAUUGACUGGCUGACUUGGACAAGUCACUGCACUGCAUUUGCCUCAUCUGUAAAAUGAAGGAGUUAUUUGAGCUCUAAAACUUCUUCCAACUCUAAAUUCGACAAUCUCAUGAUUUAAUUAAAGGUUAUAUGCCUCUGUGACUCUGUUCUUCUGAAUAAUGUGACUUGAUCAAAAUGCUCAGUCUGUUCUAGGCAAUAAUUUUUGUGGUAACAGAUUAAUCCAGUAAAAGUUUUAACUUCACUGCAGUUGACUUUGUGUUCCAUCAGUGCUACUGCAAAAUUUGGGCUUGUAGGAUACCUACUAGUAACGGUUUCAUUUUUACCCUUACAGAAUUUAUAGAAGAAAUAACACAGAUUUCCAAAUGAAUAACAGAAAAGAAGAUAUGGAGAUUGCCUCCCAUUAUCGACAACUUCUUCGUGAGCUGAAUGAGCAGAGACAGCAUGGGAUCCUCUGUGAUGUUUGUAUUAUAGUAGAGGGGAAGAUCUUUAAAGCUCACAAAAAUGUUUUGCUUGGGAGUAGCCGAUACUUCAAAACGCUAUACUGCCAGGUACAGAAGACUUCUGAUCAGGCUACAGUUACUCAUUUAGACAUUGUUACUGCACAGGGCUUUAAAGCCAUCAUUGACUUCAUGUACUCUGCUCACCUUGCUUUAACCAGCAGGAAUGUUAUUGAAGUGAUGUCAGCUGCUAGUUAUCUUCAGAUGACUGAUAUUGUGCAAGCCUGUCAUAAUUUUAUAAAAGCAGCUCUUGAUAUAAGCAUAAAAUCUGAUGCAUCUGAUGAACUUGGAGACUAUGAAAUUGGGGCUCCUUCCAGCAGUAGUACUGAUGCAUUGAUUUCAGCAGUAGUAGCUGGUAGGAGUAUUUCUCCAUGGUUAGCUCGUCGAACAAGUCCAGCAAAUUCUUCUGGAGACUCAGCCAUUGCCAGUUGUCACGAAGGAGGAAGCAGCUAUGGGAAAGAAGAUCAGGAACCAAAAACAGAUAACCAUGAGGAUAUUUCUUCACAGUCUUUGUGGACUAGUGACAUGGGAUAUGGGUCAUUACGUAUUAAAGAAGAACAGAUUUCACCAUCACAUUAUAGUGGAAAUGAAUUGCGUACUGUCAAAGAUAGUUCGGUUCAGAACACUUUCUCAGAACAAAGCAUAGGGGAUGGUUGGCAACCCACAGGCCGUAGGAAGAAUCGAAAAAACAAAGAAACUGUACGUCACAUUACCCAGCAGGUAGAAGAUGACAGCCGGGCAAGUUCUCCAAUGCCAUCUUUUUUAUCUGCUUCGGGAUGGCCAUAUAAUAAUCGUGAUCCAAGUAAGCUU